UCGGCAAUUUCUCGUACCAUCCCACAACCCCCUAGCGCGUGGGGCCAUUCGGCGACGGCCAAUCACUAUAGGCUGUAAUUUCUCGACAAAUACAGCGCUAACACCCUCUGAGGCCUUCAUUAGUCGGAAAAUAUCCGAAGCUUGAGACAGUGUCCUAAAUGUAGCUCGCCCUCAACCUCUCUUUCUCAUCAGUCAUCAUGGGCUCAAUACUCUCGGCCGUAUAUCUUGCUUACGAUGCUCUGAGCUCCUUGUACACGUCCUACUCCCGCUUGACCUCCUGCUUGGCUCUAUCACCCGGAAUACCUGUCUCGAACCCGACUCUCUCGUUCUGGACUGUGCCUCCAUCGCGCAUAAGCAAGGAGAACAGCGGUGCUUGCCAUUCAGAUGACCUUGAGGGCACCCGCCUCUUGGCUGGCUUCAACACCAGCGACGAAGGCUCUCAUGAUCCUGACAACGCGCCCAAGCUGCCUUCCUACGCCGACGUCGUCAUCAUCGGCAGCGGUAUCACGGGGACCUCCGUUGCGCGCGCUCUCCUCAUGUCUGGCAAGCCGUUGCGUAUCCUGAUGCUCGACGCGCGCGACGCGUGUGAUGGAGCGACUGGGAGAAAUGGCGGCCACAUAACGCCGCCCACCUAUCUCGAAUGGUCCCAGCUCAAAGCGCGGGUCGGUCUGGAGACAGCAUGCCAAGUCGUGCGCUUCCGCCUGCAGCAUAUCGAGGAUUUACUUGAAGUUGCGCGGGAGGAGGACGCGCUCAGAAAGGCCAGCUCUAGUACGGAAGAAGAUGCCACUAUGAACGACAGCCUGAAACUUCUGACGAACAGCCCGAUUUUCCUGUUGAACAGCCCGAAUCUCCUGACGAACAGCCCGAGUCUCCUCACCAACAGCCAAUGCCGCCGCACCGACAGCUACGACGUCUUCUUCGAUGAAGGGCUCUUCAAAGCGUCUUGCGCGAAGUUGGAGGAGUACCUCGCCGACAAUGAUGACCUGGAAGAGAAGGUGAAGGCGAGGUAUCGGGUGGUGGGGAAGGAGGAGUGCGUCGAGUCCCUCCACCUCGAGCCCAAAGUCGCCGGCGCCAUCCGCAUACCUGGUGGUGCGAUGUUUCCCUAUCGAUUCGUCACCGGCAUUCUGGAGAGGCUGCUAGAUGAUUACGCGGACUCGUUCUCCCUCUUCACGCACACGCCAUGCACGGCUAUCUGUCAGCUGAGUUCUGGGACAGGCUACGUCGUCGACACGCCCAACGGCCGCAUCCGUACCUCCCACGUCGUGCACGCCACGAACGCGCAUGCGUCGCAUCUGCUCGAGUGCCUGCGGGAGCGUAUCGUGCCAUUGAGGGCGACGAUGAGCCAGCAAGAGCUGUGGGUGGGCGGUGGUGAACCAGGGGCUGAAGGCGGACAUGGAGGCAAACCGCCCGCCACACCUGAAUGGUUCGGCACGCGCGCAUUCACACUCUACCCGUCCGCGAGCACGGUCCAGUUCGACUAUCUGACGCAGCAGCUGGCGGGCGACGGCGCGUCUGCAACCUCCAAACUCGACUCGGACCAAGCGACGUCUGCAAGUGUUGCGAUUUCAAAGGCGACUGCGUCGACAGCACCCACAAUUCGCAAAUCACUCACCGCCUACCCUCCACCUCGCGGCGAGCUCAUGCUUGGAGGCGGCUUCCUGCACCAUACGGCCGCGCUCGACGGCAAUGGUGUCCUAGACAAUGCGGACCUAGGUUGCGCGGAUGAUAGUGGUGUGGACAUUGGCACCGCUGCAUACGUUUCCGGCGCCCUGGGUGCGUACUUCAGAAAGUCGAGCGGGAUCAAGGACAGGGUGAAUGUCGAGGUAUGGACGGGGAUUAUAGGCAUUUCCGCUGAUUUCAUGCCGUGGGUCGGGAGGGUCCCUGCUGAAUUAGCGGAACGCUCAACGAGUGAACUUCCGACGGCGAGCGAAAGCGAAACCGCUACAAAGAACACACUUGUCGACUCAGACAACAAAGCGCCGAACGCUCGCGCCUUGCUUGCACCCUCGGGCGAAUGGGUAGCGGCGGGCUUCAGCGGCGAGGGCAUGGUUCACGCGUGGAUCUGCGCUCGAGCGCUUGCGCGCAUGAUCCUCCAGGAAGAGACGGAUGAUAACCUCAAAGAAGCGACCGACGACCCCGCGAAGUUAUUGCCAGAUGACCUUCCUGAACCAUUCUUGUUUACGCAAGAGAGAUGGAAGAAGGCAAGCUUGGAUGGUAUGAUGGCGGCGUUGGCGGAGUAGAUGAGCCCGAAGAAAAUACGUGAAGGUUUUAACAAUAGCGGCGUGGCAUUCCAGGGUGGCAUCGAAAGGAUUGCCGAUCAGACUGAUUCGGUGUUAGUAGAAGGUAUUAGCAGGUAGCAGAUAGAAUCAAAAGCCUGUAUGUGACCAGGUAACAAGGGUCUAGCAAGCGGAGAUGCU